AUUAGUGAUGGAGCAGAAUUAGGUCAUUCGGCCCAUCAAGUGUACUCCACCAUUCAAUCAUGGCUGAUCUAUCUUUCCCUCUUAACCCAAUCUCAAUCAAUCAUGACCACUCCAUCAGUGCUGUCACGAGGGUGAGAUGUUUUGCCAGACUUGUUUCCUAUGGAUAACAAAUAAAACUGUAGAUGUUAGAAUCUGUAACAAAAAGAGAAAUACUGGAAGAAGUCAUCCAGUCAAGCCACAUCUGUAGAAAGAGAACCCUGUGAACAUUUUGGGUCGGCGGUUCUUUGCAUGUUUGCUGCACGUACAGCUGGAGGGGAAGGCUCCCGUGAAACUUGAGUACUUUAUCCAAGCAACACCAUUAAAAAUAUAUUAAAUUGAUCUUUCAAGUCAUUGAGCACAACACAAAGUGCUUUGGUAUCUUGGUGAGUCAGAGGGUGGUGAAUGUGUGGCAUUUAUUGCCAUAGAAGGCUGCGGAGGCCAAGCCAAUGGAUAUUUUUAUGGGGGAGAUUGACAGAUUCUUGAUUAGUACUGGUGCCAGGGGUUAUGGGGACAGGGCAGGAGAAUGAGGAUGAGAGGGAACGACAGAAUGGUGGAGUAGACUUGUUGGGUCAAAUGGCAUAAUUCUGCAGAGAGACACAAAAUGCUAUAGUAACUUAGCGGGACAGGCAGCAUCUCUGGAUAGAAGGAAUGGGUGACAUUUCAGGCCGAGACCCUUCUUCAGGCAAAUCCAUUCCUAUAACUUAUUAACAUGAACUUUUAAGUCAGGCAGCAUCUGUGGAGAGAAUGUAUGGGGACAUUUCGGGAAGAGUUUCAAAGCAUUGUCUGUCAUUCCCUCCACAGAUGCUGGCUGACCCGCGGAGCACUUUGCGUUUUUCACCAGAUUCCAGCAUCUGCAGUUACUUGUGUUACAACUCAUUGGCCCAUGUGUCCUGGAACUGCACUCUGCCGCCAACUUCAUAAGUGAUAGGGGCAGAAUUGUGCCAUUCGGCCCAUCAAAUCUAUAUCCGCAGUCGCUGGUCGGCUAACUGGUUGCUUUCCCCCCACGCAAUCACAGUAUCAGAGAAAUGGGAACGAUUUUGACCCAAAUAUGUUUCUGAAAUUAAUACCACGCCGCCACGCCUCGCUUCCCUGACGACUAAAACAGAAUCUCCACUCCCCACGCUUUUGGACAAUGCAUUCCAGAUACUAAUUACAGAAUGACAACUGCGUCAAAGGGACCACCUUGUUAUUAUUAAGCGUUUCAUUGCAAUUAACUAACUGCAUUCCCAACAUAACUCGGCAGAGGCAGAGAUAUGGUGUGACUUAUUACCAACGCGAAAGAUAUUUGCUAAAUAUUGACUUUUUUUUUGGAGACGCCUUUGUACUCUGAGUGGCGGAUACAGAAGGGGAAUGUAAUUCGAUCUGGAUUCUGGAUUUGGCCUCUCGCUCUUCGCUUGGAGCCAGAUGAAGUCUUGAUUCCCAAUCGGGCGGUAGGACCCAGUGGAGACUGGCGGCUCUCCAUGCGGAAGCGCUGGCACCUGGUCGUGUAGCGAGUGUGCGGUUUCACUACGAUAUCAGGAGACUGGGAAACCUCCGGCACCGGACCAUUCGCCCCAAGUUCCCACUGAGGGUUGUCGCGGCGGCCGGGACUUUAAGUGUGUGUGUGUGUGUGUCUGUGGGUCUGAAGGUGAUGGAAACGGCCAGGUAGUGAGUGAGAUGGAAGCAGGAGCUGGCAGGAGCCGGGCACACUGAUCGGACAGAGAGAGACCAGCCCUCAGUGCCAAUAAUGCAGCCGUAUCUCUACCUCCUCCUCUGGUUCACCGGCGUUCACAGCCUGGACAAGUUCCGAGGACCUCCGUUUGAAGUCACUUGUCCCCGUGGGGCUCUCUCAUGUGAAGCAUCAAUGGACUGUGACAUUGACAACAUCAAUGACGACCUACCAGACCUGCUGCUAACCAACUUAACAACCUCCACGAUACUAUACUGUAAGAAAAACACAUGUGUCCCGUGCAUACGUGUCCAAUUAACCGCAUCAUUGGAAGUAGUGGAGAAUAACUCGAGUCUGGAUGAAAUUGGAAGUGGAUCUGAAGAAAGUAUCGAAGAAGACUACAAUGAAGGAUGGAUAGAAAUCUCAACGUCUCAGCCUGAUGGUGGGAUAACACGGUGUGCUGAGGUGAAGAUACGGUUCGCAUUAUCAAGGUCCAGGCCAAUGGCUACAGUGGAGUUGAGUUGCUUUCCAGCAGCCAUGAGCAGUGAGAUUCGAGUAACAGCUUCCACAAACUCUGACGUUUUGCGGAGCACACAUAAAAUGGAAGAUUGUACCUUGAAAGAUUUUCUGGAGAACAUUGAAUGGUGCAAAGUCCCAAAUAUAAAUAUCACGUUGGAAAAAGAGCUGCAAAUGGCUGUUGUCGAGAUACCACAGAAUUACUGCAUGAUGUUCAAGCAUGAAGUGAUGCCAGCCUUUGAGAGCCAAAACCAACUGGAUGGUGACAAAUUGGAAAUGACCACAGUGUAUCGCAACUUCUCAGACAUCGUCCCGUGUUUGUGUAUAGAGGUGUGGUCUGCAACUAUAGAAGAUGCCAGAAGAAGUAAACGGUGCCCCUUUUCAGAUGCAGCGGAAUUUCAAGGAAAUGUUUGGAGGCUGAGCAGAUUGGCCGUGGAGUACAAGGGGAACGCACUUCAGUGGACACUUUCCUCCCCGUGCAACAUGUCGGGGGAGAUCAUGCUGUGCUCCAAGUCGGGAGAUGGUGAAUUUUGUCAUGAAAUCCCUCACUCCAGGCGGAACUUUCAAGUCAAUAAACUGAGCGAGUUCAAAAGUGUGGAUCCGCACCCCUCCCUCUGUGUAAAGAUUAUCUCUGGGGAGCACGUCAAUAUUAGUUGUCCUUUUGAUGGUGAUGUCUCAUCCCUGUGGAUUGUGAAGUCAAAAUUGAACAGGAGCAAUGUUGUUAUGACAAUAGAUCAUGCAAUAAAUCAUAUGAACUUCUCGAUCUGCAUUAUGGAAGGAAACAAAUGUGAGCAUUUCCUGCAGAAAAUAAAACAGGUUAACCAGCAGAAGAAGCAAAUUGAUCUAAUUUCACAGGAUUGCCUUCAGAUCUGGCGAUCCGAUGUGAAAUUCUCACCCCGGAUCACUGUGUGCCCCUUUGAGAAGUAUGCCAGAGCACGAUGGACUCCGUUAAUGGUAUUAUCUCUAAUACCGGUUAUAGCCGUGAUCGCCAUUCUUAUGGUCAAAAAAGAGAUUCUAAAAGGUUGCACAGAGGUGAUUAAGUGGGAUUAUAAUACAACACCUACAGGCUCGCCUAGGAAGAUCCUUCUUCUGUACUCAGUGGAUCACAGCCAGUUUGAAAAGCUGGUUGGUACUUUCGCAUCUCUGCUGGACGGUCUAAAUAUCAAAGUAAUUGUGGAUCUCUGGAAACGUAAAGAAAUCGGCAUCCAAGGCACCCUGCCAUGGUUCCAUUCCCAAAAAGCUGAAAUUGUAGAAGAUGGUGGAAAAAUCAUCAUUCUGUUUUCCAAGGGGGCCAGUGUAAAAUGUAACGCAUGGCUAAAUUCCAGUGGAGAUUCUGAAACACUAUCUGACCCCUAUGAUGGAUUCAUGGCCGCCUUGAACUGUGCACUUCCUGAUGUCACAAAGGGGAAUGUUUCUGGAAACUACGUAGUAGCUUACUUUGAAGAUCUGUUGAACAAGGCGUGCAUACCAGAAAUAUUUAGGAAAGUGCCCAUCUACAGUUUGCCGUCGCAAGUUCCCGAGUUCCUCCAAGAGAUUGGGUUACCAGCCAAAUGUGUUUCUGACCAGAAAAAACAUGGCUGCCCAUCAAACAUCAGCAAACGCCUCAGCAAUGUCAUCAAGGAGUGCCGGAUAUGGGAAGAAAGUCACUCAACUGGGUUCCGUGAACUUAAGAAGUUCGAGAACAUAUCCAAAGAGCAACAUGAAAGAGUUGCAUUGAUACGUUUACCGACAAAAAUUAAAAAUCUUUCAAUAGUUUGAUGAUCCCUUCAUGAUUCAUCUUUGACACGCUGUCCUAUCUAUCACUGUCACUUAUAGCUUUGGUUAAAAUCUGGGUCAUGGCCAGGAUUGAAAGAUUGUGACAAAGGGAAAUAGUUGUACUACAUCAGCACAACAACCUCAAGUUUAUUCUGUUGACAGCGCUCCAGUAACUUUGAAAUGGAUUACCUUUCUUUUGGUAAGGUUAUGCAGCGGGCAUGUUUUAAACAUGUUCUUGAUAAACACUCUGGAGCAACAAUCGAUUGAAAAAGUCAUAAUCAAAAACUUAAAAUGGACACAAAUGCUGGAGUAACUCAACGGGUCAGGCAGCAUCUCUGAAGAAAAUGGAUAGGUGAUGGUUUGGGUUGGGAACCUUCUUCACACUUAAUCAAAAACCUGACUGCGAUGCAAUAUUAAAAAUGUUUUGACACUUUAAUGAAGGGACUAAAAAAAAUGAUAGUAUUGAUAUUCUUGAUAAAUGAAGAUUUAUUGUUUGUCUGUCUACUAGGUUUUUGAAAUUAAGUAAUCUGUAAACACACUAAUGCAAAACUGCUCUCAAAAUCUCAGGGUGUUCAAUCCAGCAUUACUGAAAAAGACCUCAGGAAAACUUUACUCGCAGCUAAAAUUCUUCUAAUAUCUUUUGCAGGAGAAUCGGUACCAAACCCCAGUACCUGGUUGUUUUGUGACCAGAGUCUUUUAUGUGUAUAUAUCAGUGUAAAUAUAUAAAAAUAUUUUGUAUGCAGUAUAAUUAUUUUGUUAGCUCUUAGAUUUCAUUACAAACCAGUCACAGGGACAGGAGAUGUUGGAAAUGGGCAAAUCAUAUUUGGCUUCAGUUUAUCUUUCUUUUGGCUGAUAAUGACCCACUUUUUCCAGAAAACCAACUAUUGUUCGAGAUUUAUGGAACCCAAUUAAGCUAAAAUGUGCUUUGUUCACAUUUGUUCAACAUUUUUUGUUCAAGGAUUAUUCCACUGAUUUUCCUGAACUGCUAUUGUCUCCUCCACCCCUCUCCUGACUACUUGCAGCCUUCCACUUGACCAUUGAGAACUGUUGUGCGACAUCAGCAGAACAAGAAAAAGGAUGGUUAAAAACAGUGAAUGCUGGAGGAACUCAGCGAAUCAGGCAGCAACUGCGGAGGGGAUGGUCAGGUGGCAUUUUGGGUCGGGACCCUUUCUUCAGAUUGAUAGGAUUGCAGGGGAGAAAGUUGGAAAAGCGGUAGGGAUGGGACAAAACUUGGCAAGGAAUGGGUGAGGAGGAUUGUGAUCGGUAAAUAGGUAAGUGACAAAGCUUAGAAGUGAAAAGGAGACAAAAGGAUGUCAGAUGGGGGGCAGAGAAGGAGCAAAAUGUAACGCCGGAAGAAGGAAUUUGGGUGCAAGGGUACAGGAUAUGAAUUACAUACAAGGGUAAAUGAGCAGCAUGACUGUCAGGGUGACGGCAAAGAAAUGGGAGAGCACCAGAGUGGGGAAGGAAGGCACGGUGAAGAAAGAGUGGAUAUUACUUGAAGCUAGAGAAUGCAAUGUUCACACUGUUGGUUUGUAACCCACCCAAGUGGAAUAUGAGGUGCUGUUCCUCCAGUUUGCACUUGGCCACACUCUGGUAAUGGAGGAGGCCAAAGGCAAAGGUCAGUAUGGGAAUGGGAGAAAAAAUGGUUAUCAACCAAAGGUGUAGAUGCAGCACCAUGGAGCAGCAAGGUGGUGUAGCUGUAGAGUUGCUGCCUUUCAACGUCAGAGACCCGGGUUUGAUCCUGAUUAUGGUGCUCUAUGGAGUUUGUACAUUCUCCCCAUGACCUGCAUGGGUUUUCUCCGGGAGCGCUGGUUUCCUCCCACACUCCAAAGACAUACAGAUUUGUAAGCUACUUGGCUUGGUAAAAUUGUAAAUUGUCCUUAGUGUGGGUAGGAUAGAGUUAGUGUGCAGGUAUCGUUGGCCGGUGUAGGCUCAGUGGGCAAAGGGGUCUGUUCCGUGCUAUAUCUCUAAACUGAACUAAACAAGAGAUUGGCGGUCAGAGCACAAGUAAUGAUGGUAGAUUUUUUUUUGGCAGUGAUAUACUUUUGUGCUGUAGAAAACUAUUAUAAUUCAGCUAUCUCAGCUAUAAAGUCUUGCAAUACAUUCUCAAUGGUGCUCAGAAGCACAGGGUUGAGUUCAAAGACUGUUCGGAAAUAUAAAGCUGGACUGAAGCAGCAAAUGCUGAGAAUUGCAAAAAAUCCCUUUUAUCAGGUAUUUACUGGAACAAGUUUCACCCUAUUCCAUUUACUAGUUAUGUUAUAUUAUUCUGUAUAUCUGUUUAUUUCUCUCAUUCCUUUGUACAGAAGAGUGUUCUAUAUUUAUAUAAUAAAAAUCUUAAAGUGCCAAAUAAGCAGUUUCUCCAGCUUACACUGAGAGAAUCUUUCACUAAUUGCGGGUAAUCUAAAUUCUAGAGUGCAAUAAUUACUAUAACUUGCAUUUAUGUAGCACUUUAACUUGGUAAAAUGAACUACAAUAACAUUAAAAUUAUGACUUGGACAGACAGAUUUGUAAGUGCACAAAGCUAUCAAUUGUUCAGUCUGAGGUGUUUUUCAUGAACUCAUUUGUUUGCAUUGCAAAUACAAAAAAAAAUGUCAAUUGUGUUUCUUGGAUAAUGUGAAAUAAAAUGUUGGAUUAUUAUACCUCUAUUGGUUGUGAGAAAGUGACGAUCCUUCCUGCUUGCAAUUGCAGGAUGAGUGCACUGCUAAUUGCUAGUCAGUAGCACAUCAAACCUCUGCAGCGCCUCCAUAUAAUUUUCACAUCUAUACAUUUCACAGGAGGGUUAAAUAAAACUUGGCUGAAUGUUUCAAAUGUUUGAGUGGUUCAAGAGCAGAUGGAUCUGGGAGAUCAAAUUCACAAGGAAUUAAAGCUGCAACCCUUUAAAGAAAAACAGAUAGAUGCCAGAUUAGCAUCUGAGAGUCAACAUGGAAUGAUAAAUUCAUCCAAUGUGCGCAUUCUUGAGUUUCAUAGGACAGGAUCGAUAUUAAGCAGAUGCAAUGGGCACGAUAUUAAGCACAAGCAUAUCCUUGUGAUUCUGUAGGAUGGGAGAUCCCCUUGAGGUAGCAGGAGGAUCGAUGCCCCACAAUUUUAAAGAGUGUGAGAAACAUAAAGCCCAUGUGUUAACAGGGAGUGCGGUAGAUGGCAGUAGAGUGCAGUUUCAAGGAAGCUUAAAGCCCUGGGAACUUUUAAAAGAUGGGGGUCCCAGGAGUACAAUGGAAUGGAAGAGACAGAAGCCAUGUGUGUUUAAAGGCACCUGGAAAGACACACACCUUUAAAUUUAAUAUAAUGUGAGAAAAAAGGAGUCCCUAAGGCUUAAAGGAAUGCAUAAGAUAUAGACCCUGCGAGUUUAAAGGAAGCAUGGUAGUCGGGCUCCAUAGGUUUAAAGGCAGCUUGGGAUCUACUGGAUCCCAUGUAUUUAAAGGCAGCCUGGAUAAUACAGGACAAUUAGUUUAACUGAUCUGCUGGAGAGGGGAGGGGAGUUUAAUGUUAAUGUGGAAAAUACAGGCUUCAGGAGUUUAAAGCAGCAUGGAAUGCAUAAGCUUUGUAUUUAGGAUCUGUGACCAUGCUAUGUUAUGAUGAUGACUCAAUUUAGUAGAGCUGCUGUCUUACAGUGCCAGAUACCCGGGGUCAGUCCUGACCAUGCAUGUUGUUUGUGUGGAGUUUGUACAUUCUUCCCUUGACCGUGUGGGUUUCUUCUGGGCACUCUGGUUUCCUCCCACUUCCCAAAGAAAUGUAGAUUCAUUGACUGCUGUAAAUUGCCCCCAAAUGUGUAGGAGAGUGGUGGAAUUGAUAGAGAUGUAUGAUUAGUAGUGUAAAUGGGCAGUUGAUGUUCUUUGUGAACCUGAUGGGCCAAAUGGCCUACUUCCAUGCUGUAUCUCUCUGACCUCAUGGUGUCUGUGUGAUGUUCCCAGAUGCACACAAUUAUUUUAUUUCCAAUAGCUGGGAAACUGGAUGCUGUGAUUCAGAAUGCACGGGCAGUGCAUUGGUAGACCACAUCAUCAGGAAACACUGCAUGG